AUGGCUCCCCAGUGGAUUGCGAUGUUCUGCACUUUGUGUGGAGUUAUAAUCGGACAAGAAUGCUGUAGCAGUGGUCGUGCGUGUGCUCGGGGCUAUCAGCACUGUGCUUCCGUUGCCUAUGUAUCCCACUCCUCUCCCUGCAGGCUGGUGCAGAAACACUGCUGUGAGGCUGCAGUACAAGAUGGCAUCUGUGCCAAAGGAAUCACCGCUGCCAAAAGACCAGGAGCGUGUGAACUCUCUUCCUUCCAGGGAGACCUUUGGGAAGUCAAAACUGCCAAGAUGUGCUGUGAAUGCUGUGAGCUGGGCAUGCUGAUGCAAAAAGAGGCUCACGACUGUGAGCUGCCGAUCGCGCUGAGCACCCCCUGCUGGGCCACGGCUCGGGCCUGCUGCCAAGAUGGGCGUCGCGGUCCGGCCCUUUUACAACUGUUUUUAUCAGUGUCACUGAAUAACACUGGCCCUGGCAAUGGAGGAAACACAGAGAGCACUCACUUGUGUGCAGGCAUUUCCAGAUGUUCCCAGCUGUGCAUCGGAAACGGCUCCUGUGCCUGCCUGCAGGGCUAUCGUCUGGGGUCUGAUGGUUACAGCUGUGAAGAUUACAAUGAGUGUCUGGCUGGAGUUCACAGCUGCAGCCUGGGUGAGAGGUGCAUCAACACGGAGGGAUCCUACCGCUGCCAGAGAGAGACUAGCUGUGGCACAGGCUACGAGCUGACCGACGCCAAUGCCUGCCACGAUAUAGAUGAGUGUGCGAUAGGGACACACAACUGUGGCCCUGGGUUCACGUGUCAGAACACUCCUGGAUCGUUCCGCUGCCAUCCGCAGCAGCAGUGUGGGGUCGGCUUUAUCCAGGAUGCUGUUGGAAGCUGCAUUGACAUAAAUGAGUGUGUAAAUGAGGACAACCCAUGCCAGUCUGCACACACAUGUAUUAACACUGUGGGUUCCUACGUCUGCCAGAGGCUCUCAGUGAGCUGUGGACGUGGAUAUCACCUGAACAAAGAGGGCACGCACUGCUUGGACGUGGACGAGUGCGGAGGGCGUGGUAAGCCCUGUCAGGGCCACAGCUGUGUAAACGUGCUGGGCUCCUUCCGCUGCGAGUGUCGCUCUGGUUUCACGUUUAACAGCAUCAGCAGGGCGUGCGAGGAUGUGGAUGAAUGCAUGAGCUACCUGGCGCGCUUGUGUGCGCAUGCGUGUGAGAACACUCCCGGGUCCUACCAGUGCAGCUGCCGUGCCGGAUUCAGGCUAGCCAGCGAGGGUGGGAACUGUGAAGACGUGAACGAAUGCGAGAGCAACCCGUGCAGCCAGGAGUGUGCCAAUGUCUACGGCUCCUUCCAGUGCUACUGCCGCCACGGUUACCAGCUCAGCAAUGCAGACGGGGUUACAUGUGAAGAUAUUGAUGAAUGCGCUUUGACUUCUGGCGGUAAAGUUUGCUCUCAUCAUUGUUUCAACACACCUGGCAACUUCCAGUGUUCCUGCCCCCCAGUGGCCUACACACUUUCUCCCAACGGACGCGUGUGUCAGGAUGUCGACGAGUGUGCCACAGGGGCCCACACCUGCUCCACCACACAGAGCUGCUUCAACAUACACGGUGGAUUCCGUUGCCUGUCGUUCGAAUGCCCGCCCCACUUCCGUCGCAUGGCAGACAGCCGCUGUGAGCGCUUGCCGUGCCGAGGGAAUGCUGCUUGCUUGUCCCUGCCGCUAAGGAUCUCUUACUACAACCUCACGUUUCCCACCAACAUCCCCACACCCGCUGCCGUGUUCCGCAUGGGACCGUCUAUGUCGGUCCCCGUGGAUGAUGUCCAGCUUGCCGUCGUCGACGGUGACACUGAAGGGUUCUUUGACGUCCUGAAAAUGCCCAAUGGCGUGAUGGUUUAUCUGCAGAAGCCGCUGGAUGAACCACGAGAUUUUCUGCUCACAGUGGAGAUCACACUGAGCCGCUACAGCAUUGUGAGCCGAUUCAUUGCUAAAAUUGCGGUGUUUGUUGUCAGCGGCUCACCCGUUGUGUCCCAAGUAGUGUCAGAGCUCUGACUCAUGUAUGAUGUACUUUUCCUAUUUCUUAGUAGUAUUGUAACAUUACGGAACUGCAGUCUGAUUCGCUGCAGACUCUUUUACACCCGAAGCCGUGAGGUAUGUGA